AAAGAGCUGGGAGACACAGGGUCGAAGGGGUUUUUGAUUUCUUAAAGGCAAAGAACAAGGUUAUGGCUCCUCCCUUUCAAAGAAAGGAAACCAGUGACAGUCCAGACUCAGGGCACAGCUCUACCCUUUCGAGAAAAUGAAACUAACAGCCUCCUAGACCCAGGCAGCGGAAGAGGUAGAAGCUAACAGGUUUUGGCAGCCAACUCUGCUGCCUCUGGCUCUCCUGUCCCUGCCUGAGCAUCAUGAAGAAGUUUAGAAAGACCCGAGCCAACCAACUGGACAAGUUCAUCGAAGACCGCCACCUGCCAGACAAGGAUUUCCGCACGCAGGUCAAUGAAGCCAUCCACAUCAUCUGCAGUUUCGUGAAAGAGAGGUGUUUCCGAUGGGCCCCCGACCCUGUUCGGGUGUCCAAAGUUGUGAAGGGUGGCUCCUCAGGCAAAGGCACGACCCUCAAGGGCCUAUCAGAUGCUGACCUUGUCGUCUUCGUCGCCAGUCUCACAAGUUUUCGGGAACAGCUUCAGCACCGAAGAGGAUCCAUCAAGGAAAUUAGGAGACAGCUGGAAGCCUGUCAAAGAAAGGAAACAUUUGAAGUGGAGUUUGAGGUCCAGAAACGGUGAAGGAAGAAGCCCCGUGCUCUCAGCUUCGUGCUCAGGUCCCCUCGGCUCCUCCAGGGGGUAAAGUUCGAUGUCCUGCCCGCCUUUGAUGCCCUGUGUCAGUUGACCAAAGGGUACAGACCUGACCCUAAAGUCUACGUCCAGCUUAUCCAAGAGUGCGAGUUCCUGGGGAGAGAGGGCGAGUUCUCCCCCUGCUUCACGGAGCUGCAGUGAGCCUUCCUGAGGGACCGUCCAACCAAGCUGAAGAGCCUCAUCCGCCUUGUGAAGCACUGGUACCAAAUGUGUAAGAUGAGACGUGGGAAAAAACUGCCCCCACAAUAUGCCCUGGAGCUUCUGACAGUCUAUGCUUGGGAGCAAGGAAACAUGGAAACAGGAUUCAGCACAGCUCAGGGAUUUCAGACUGUUUUGGAAUUAGUCCUGAAGCACCAGCACCUCUGCAUCUACUGGGAAAAGUAUUAUGACUUUGAAAACCCUAUUACUGGACAAUACCUGAGAAGGCAACUUGCAAAACCCAGACCUGUGAUUCUGGACCCAGCUGACCCUACUGGAAAUGUGGCUGGUAAAGACCCAUAUAGCUGGCAGCUGCUGGCACAAGAGGUUAGAGUCUGGCUGGGAUACUCAUGCUGUAAGAAUUGGGAUGGGUCUCCAGUCAGCACCUGGAAGGUGCCGGUGUGACCUCCUGAUUCCCUCAUGUGACCUGAUAUUAAUGGCAGGUUGAAAUAACAACUUCUAGAAAUACUGCAUUAAAUCAAAUUGAAUUUCA